AUGAUCACAAGCGCGGAACUGUGGAAAAUUAGUUCGGAACAACGAGCUUAUUAUUUAUCCCAAUUUAUUCGUCUGCAAUCUGAUCCUCGAGCGAAACUGAGUGGUUCGCAGGCUAAAAUGUUUUUUGAACUGUCUAAACUGCCAACCACCGAACUCUCAGACAUAUGGGAAUUGUCCGAUGUGGAUCGCGAUGGUCAGCUCACUCUGGGUGAAUUUGCCGUAGCUAUGCAUUUGGUUGUUCUACGUCGUAACGGUGUCCCAGUACCCUGCACUCUUCCCCAUGCACUAAUGGAGGUGAUUACGAAUCAGUCAUUGUCUACCCUAAUGUGCACUGGUGCUGUACCGGUAGACAAAACGGAUGCGCAUCAUGAAUUUGAUGCGACUCACAUCAUUCCUCCGGACACUACCGGUGGCCCCGCUGUAAAUGCGUCCGUGAACAGCGCGUUUCCCAUCCCGGGAAACCGUCCUUGGCCAGGGUCUCCUACAUGUUCUUCCGUUGCUGUGACUCCAGUGUCUGCUCGUCAACGACGUUGGUCCAUUUCUAGCCAAAGUGAUAUUUCCUCACUGGCUGAAGGGAUCAUACAUUUCGAAGCCAAACCAAACGCAGAUGGUCAUGUAAGUUACGUUGCUUUCACUGAAGAAGAAUAA